AUUUGGUUACUCAUUUUUCAACCUCAUUAAGACAUCUCCACCGGUAAUCCGAGAGGGGGGUUUGACUAGUGCUGUGCGUGGAGAGGAAAAAUCUGACUGGCUCAUUGACUGGGCCAAUUCUGUCUCAUCCACACAAUCCAAAGAAACAAGCACGAAACUUGAUGGACAAGCAUUGAUCAUCUCCUAGCAUUGUCUAUACAAGUGCCGGCUUCGCAGUGCCGGCUUCUCUCAGCAAACAGUAUGCAAAGUUUGGUGUUUGGGAGUAAAGAGAGGGUCCAAAAGAACCCGAAGUGAAAAAGAAAAUGAUGAACAAGAUCAAGAAGGAAAUUGAAGAUGGAAUGAAGCUGAUAUGGAAGAAGGUCGACCCAAAAGAUCUGAAACCUGGUGAUCACAUCUACGCUUAUAAGCGAUACGGCUCUUACAGUCACCAUGGAAUAUACGUGGGAGGCGGUUAUGUGAUUCACUUCACCAGGACAGAGAGCAAGGAGGCUAUCCUUUCCCUUUCCAUGGUCGAACCAGAAACUGUGCCUGCCUGUCCAGAAUGUGGGUACCAGGAAAACGCUGACCGCGGGGUCAUCAAGACGUGCCUCGAUUGCUUCCGUCGGGGCCGCAAGACGCUUCAUUCCAUUCAUUACUUCAUGUAUGGCGCACCGCGAUUAGGCCUUCUCCUGAAAAAUUCGGGAACUUGCAGCACCCUUUCUUGUAGCAGAUCCCCUAAACAAGUUGUUGAAGCUGCUUAUGAGCUUCUCAGGAGCAAUGGAUUUGGUAAGUAUGAUCUUACUGGUAAUAACUGCGAACAUUUCGCAACUUACUGUCAGACGGGUGUACGUGCCAGCGUGCAGACGGGCUUUUAUGAUGCUUGUUUGAUGAAGUACAGAGAGCUGAAGAACCGCUCGUGAAGUUUGGAAAGUAGUCUUAUUGCCACUUGCGAUUGUUUCUAAUCUGAGAAUGCUCGCAUUUUGGCAGAUUUUGUACAAAUUUGAGAUGCUCUAUCCAUGCCAAAAGUAGUGGAAUGUAGAUUUUGGUUCAUAUGUUCAAGUAGAAGCACAAUGCAAAAUUGCUGUCAUGUUCAUGCUAAUGUACAAUUUUAGUGAAAUGAUGAGCCAACUCUCUUGAUGCUUCCACCCUCAAA